CCUGCAUUCUUACACAGCUCUGUUAUCAGACGCCGCUCUCUAUCGUGAAGCCAAUUUCGGGAGCCUAUCUAUAAAGCAUUCCUUCCUACCUGGGUGGGCAGAUCUGUUCACCAUGGGUUGAUCUUUUAAUGACGUCCUGGCUUAAUGCUCCUACAGUUGACGUAGAAAGGCUCUAGAUACUUAGUAGUAAACUCGAGCCACAUAAGCCAAACCAAGAUCUGCUGCCUGCCAUGGUAAGGCUGUCGAUGACCGAGCUCAGACGGAGGUUUACCUCCGUCCACUCUUGGGAGAUUCCCAAGAGGUCGGGGGCCCUCGCACCAUCGCACGUAUGGACGAACCGCGAUAUGGACCCUACGCCUAUCGAGGACCGGACUUGGAAUACGUGGAGCAUUCUAGCGUACUGGGCUACCGACACGAUCAAUCUGUCGACAUGGCAGACGGGAUCCGCCAUUCUCGCCGUAGGCUUAAGCUGGCGCGAAGCGAUCCCGAUCAUGGUAGUCGGCAACUUCUGCGUCGCAGUAGCACUUGUGCUGAACGGUGCCAUCGGCGCAAAGCUCCACGUACCCUUCUCCGUGAUCACGACCAGCAGCUUCGGGUACUAUCUGAGGUACUUCUGCAUCGUCAGUCGAGCAAUUCUAGCCAUGUUUUGGCUUGGUGUACAGAGUGCAAACGGUGCUCAAUGCAUCACGAUUAUGCUACGAGCUUGGGCGCCCUCGUACAACGAUAUACCAAACCAUAUACCCGAGUCUUCCGGCAUUACGACGCAAGGAAUGAUCUCCUACUUCCUGUUCUGGAUCAUCCAAUUACCGUUACUUCUUAUCCACCCGACGAAGCUACGGCCGCUCUUCUGGGUCAAGCUCACGGCGGCGCCCGUUGCCGCAAUCGCGAUGAUGGCGUGGUGUGUCAAGAAGGCCGGAGGGGGCGGCGAUAUCUUCGCCCUGCGCGCGACCGUUAGCGGACCGCAGUACGCGUGGUUAUGGCUGAGUUGUAUGUCCAGCGUCACUGGAAAUUGGAGCACGUUGGCGGUGAAUAUACCAGAUUUCACAAGGUAUGCGAGAUCCGCCAACGGUCAAUAUAUCCAGCUACCGGCGAUGCCCAUAAUCUUUACCUUGUGUGGUGUACUGGGUAUCGUGACGACAUCCGCGAGCAAGGUGUUUAGCGGAGAAUACUUAUGGAACCCUCUGAAUAUCCUCAACAUCUGGCUCGAGUACGGACCCGGCGGGCGAUGCGCGGCUUUCUUUGCUGCUCUCGCCUGGUAUGUUGCGCAGGUUGGUACCAACAUCACGGCCAAUUCCAUUUCGGCUGCCAACGACUUAACCGUCCUUUUCCCUCGCUGGAUCAACAUCAGGCGAGGCUGCAUGAUUGCCGCAGUCAUCGGAGGCUGGGUGCUGGUGCCGUGGAAGAUCCUGAGUUCCGCUGAAAGCUUUCUCGCCUUCAUGGGCGGUUAUGCCGUCUUCCUCGGACCUAUGGCCGGCAUAAUGGUAGCUGACUACUGGAUCGUUAAGAAGAAGCAUAUCGAUAUUCCAGGCCUAUACAAUCCCGAUGGGCGUUAUCGCUAUGUCGGCGGCUGCAACUGGCGCGCUGCCGUUGCCUUCAUCGUGCCCGUCGCGCCCCUGCUUCCCGGACUGGGCCUGAGCAUCAGCGGUCCCGACGUCGUUCACAUCAACGCCGGCGUUACCAACCUCUAUACAUUUAACUGGCUGUUUGGGUUCGUGGUGUCGAUUGUCCUUUACACAGCUCUAAGCUUCGCGGUGCCUGCAAAAGAGACUUUGCUCAAGGACACUAUCUGGGACUUGGAUGGCGCCCCAAUCUUGGCCCACAUACCCGACGAUGAUGUUGGAGCCGAGAAAGCUUCCGGUUCUGACCCAUCCGAGAAAAUAGGAGCUUCUGAUGCGAAGUCCUCGUGAAGGCGCCAAUGAGGAUAUAUUAGGAUGUAUCUAUCCGGCUGCAAAAUCUGUGGGUGUAUCGGAAUAGACGAAUCAACAUUUCCGAUUUGCUAGACUAGACGUUGUUGCAUGUAGAGGACACCCUCCAUAAGCAAACAUUCAGAAUACAUGCAUCGUUCGGGUUUCGUGUAGCCCAUUAUGCGCAUGUAUUCACGUACCAGGCGACGGCAACGAAGACCGUGCGAGGACUAAUUGAUGAGCACGGGAUAUCUAGAUACCUAGCCUGUCGGCGUUAUGAAGCAUUGUUCGGACUAUCUUCCCUGAGUCAUGUUGUUUUAUUGUUCGUUUAGCUGUUGACGUAUGCCUCACACCGCGGACGCUAUGACGGGAAAAGGUCAUGACUUGCUAUCUCCGUUGUGAUGCUAACAAAAUGCCGUACACCUCUAUUAUAAAUCCUAUAAAGGAUGU